AUGGCUAAUUAUAAUUCCAACGAGGCUAUCAUCAUCGAUUCAGAUGAUGACGAUUUGGAGGUGACGCAUUAUUCAACUCCGAUCGCCCGUAGUAUGAUACCCUCUCCGACGCGUUCUGACAGACGGCUCACAUCCUUUCAAGAUAGAUCUUCUACCAUAAAACGUGAGAACUAUACACCAGUCAAGUCUGAAUUGACGCGUACUCCUCUCUCUGGGUCGUCGAGCGCCGUAAAGGUCCAGCCCAUCGACAGCGAUGAGGAUGACGUGAAUGAUGGCGAGCUCGCAUAUAAGAAGUUCAAAGAACGCAAAUCCCUCAAGCGCAAACAAACUGCUGCGGCUACUCGGAAGGCCAAAAUGCCCAGAGGAGAUGCGAUCGUUGGUCGAGUCAAACAAGAACGACCAACGCCGCGACCUAAGCAACCAUUGAAACAAUGGGGCCAAGGCUCAGAUGAUGAGCUGAUGGAAGAUGAUCUCCCUGAUUACCUCAAGAAACGCCGAGAAAAUUUCAAUCAGGAGCAUGAGCAUCUACAGAGUCAUGGAUUGAAGCUACCACCAACCUACGAGGAUGUGAAUUUCUCAGACGAUGAACGGCUUGAGGAGCUUCAGGAACGACCUGUCUUUCCAGAUAACACACAAAAACAGGAAUAUAAAGACAUUGAGCUUCCAUAUUCAUUGGGUAUUAUCCCCGCACCGGUUGCCCAGUGGCUGCGGCAAUAUCAAGUCGAAGGAGUCGCAUUUCUUCACGAGCUGUUUGUAUACCAGAAAGGUGGUGUCUUAGGCGAUGACAUGGGUCUCGGCAAAACCAUCCAGGUAAUUGCAUUUUUGACCGCUGCCUAUGGAAAAACAGGCGACGAACGGGAUGCAAAACGCAUGCGAAAGAUGCGCAGGUCAGACGACAGCGCUUGGUACCCACGCACGCUCAUUGUGUGCCCUGGAACCCUAAUUGCAAACUGGAGAGCUGAGUUUGCACGUUGGGGGUGGUGGCACGUUGAUAGCUACCAUGGAGAGAACAAGGAUCUUGCCCUCCAUGCGGCGAAAUCAGGAAGAGUGGAAGUAUUGAUCACAACCUACACCACAUACAUGAACAACAAAGAUUCCGUCAAUAUGAUUGAAUGGGAUUGUGUGAUUGCAGACGAGUGCCACAAAAUCAAGGAGCGCACGUCUGGGACCACUAAGGCUAUGAACGAUAUCAAUGCUUUAUGUCGGAUCGGGCUCACCGGGACGGCCAUCCAGAACAAAUAUGAGGAGUUAUGGACCCUUCUAAACUGGACGAAUCCAGGUGUUCUAGGUCCGGUAAGCACUUGGAAAGCCCAGAUCGCAGAGCCAUUGAAAAUCGGGCAGUCGCAUGAUGCUACACUGAGCGAGCUGAGCAGAGCACGAAGGACCGCCAAGAAGCUGGUCGAGAACUUACUUCCACAAUUCUUCAUCAGAAGAAUGAAGUCCUUGAUCGCGGAUCAGCUGCCUAAAAAGAGCGAUCGCGUUGUCUUCUGCCCUCUCACCGAGACCCAGGCUGAGGCCUACGAGAAUUUCCUUGACAGUGACAUCGUUGAGUAUAUCAAAACGUCUACGGAACCAUGCGAUUGCAAAUCGGGGAAGAAGGCCGGCUGGUGUUGUCGCCGCUUCAUUCCUGAUAGGGACCCUCCAACCUGGCAAUCCUACGUAUUUCCUGCCAUCAAUGUGCUCCAAAAGCUCAGCAACCAUCUGGCGAUCUUGAUCCCACAAGGAGCAGACCCUAAAGAAAAGCAGGAAAAAGACAGAGAUUAUCUGGAGCUUGCACUACCUGAUCAAUGGGAAGAUCUCUAUCGCUCGCGUGAUUCGAUUGUCAACUACGCGAAUCCUGAAUUUUGCGGCAAGUGGAAGGUUCUGCGCAAACUGCUGAAGUGGUGGCAUUCGAAUGGAGACAAGGUUCUCAUCUUUUCGCACAGCGUACGUCUUCUGAAGAUGUUACAAAUGCUGUUCCACCAUACUAGCUACAACGUCAGCUAUCUGGAUGGAUCUAUGAGUUAUGAUGACCGUGCAAGGGCUGUGGAUGAGUUCAAUGCCGACUCGCGACAAUUUGUCUUCUUAAUAUCAACCAAGGCCGGGGGUGUCGGGCUGAACAUCACCUCGGCGAACAAGGUAGUGGUCGUUGAUCCAAACUGGAACCCGUCCUACGACCUACAAGCCCAAGACCGGGCCUACCGCAUUGGACAACAUCGCGACGUGGAAGUUUUCCGGCUGAUCUCUGCCGGCACAAUUGAAGAGAUCGUCUAUGCCCGACAGAUUUACAAACAGCAACAGGCAAAUAUCGGAUAUAAUGCAAGCUCCGAGCGUCGAUAUUUCAAGGGUGUUCAAGAGAAGAAAGAUCAAAAGGGUGAGAUUUUUGGUCUGAAGAACUUCUUCGGAUAUCAAAACACCCACAUCGUCCUGCGCGACAUCGUCAACAGAACGAACGUCGCUGAAAGCCGCGCGGGCGUACAGGUUGUCGAUAUAGACCUCAAAGCAGAAGAAGAAGGCCAUGACUACACGGACAGACCAAUGAAAUCGGAAGAAGAAGCAAUGAGCCAACUCGCCGCGAUGAUUUGCGGCGAUGAAGAAGACGAAAAACCAAAGCCUUCGGCCAAUCUUCCUACGCCGCAUAAGCACGAUCCCGUGCAAGCGAUUCUCGCAGGCGCAGGGGUGGAAUACACCCACCUCAACAACGAAGUCAUUGGUUCUUCGCGAGUUGAGGAAGACCUCAGUCGUCGUGCUGAGCUUGCUCCUAGUGACAUGGCCGGUGACUGUCAGGUUUUCAUGUCCUCGCAGCCUUUCUCUCAGCCAGGAGAGGCGCCCGUGAGGUUUAAAUACCAUCCACCGAAAGGUGUUAUACGUCGCCAAUUCUGUAGUAUGGCGCGGCGGUUUGGAUAUGCCGAUGCUACGGAGUUUGCGCUCGUUGUUGAGAGCAUGACACAGGCGCAGCGAAGAGCUUGUCUUGAUAAGUGGUAUCGUGAGAGGAGAGAGAUACUACUUUCGGAGGAUGGAAAGGUUCCUCGGGAGAUGCUCAAAGAGGAGUUAAUCAAGGAUGAGCAUGUCAAGGAGGAAGGUCCCAAGGAUGAGUAUAUCAAGGACGAGGGUCCUAGUGAGAUGGAUACGAAGGAUGAAUGGAUCAAAGGUGAAUGA